AAAAAAAAUUUAUCUGCAGGAGGGAACAUUUAUGAAAGUUUAAUGAAUGCACAGCAUUUAAACUUAGAUUCGAAAACAAUCCUUCAAAUAUGGCUUUUAACAAGUGUUGUAGCUCCUAAAUCAAGUAAAAUUACUUUUAAAAUUGGGAACAAGAAAAGAAUGUGGAAACCUACAAUCUCGGAAAGUCAGGAAGGAAUUCUAAUACACUGUAAAGUACCUGGCGAUAUUGAAAAAAUAUGUCAGGACAAACAAAAUAAAAUGCGUCAAAUGAACCUUACGAUGCAACCUUUUGUAAUCAUCAUUGGACCAGAAAUAACUGCAAUCGACAAUGUAUACAUUCGACUCGAUACAACAUUGUAUUCUAUGCCGACGGUAUUAAAAGCAUUGGAUGUAUUUUUCAAGAUUUUUGUAACAUUUAAUGCGUGUUAUUCGAAAGAAUGUGAAAAUAUGUGGUAUCUAAUUCAGUGGGGAAUUUAUGAGAUCCAUACAAUUUGGGAUGAGAACAUUCCCUUUCUGUGCACUGCAUUAAAUAAAAUAAAAAGAGGUGUGGAUGUGUACUGUAUGCGAGCAAGUGAUGUGUCUGGAGGCGGAAAAGUUACUGCUCUCUGGAAAAAUCCGGGUUCGGCAUGCACGAACCGAGAGGAGUUUUUUUAUGGAAGGAGAAAUUUUACAAGGGACGGGUUGCGUAAGGAAAAGCCGUGUGUUUGCCAAAUGUUACAUGGCAAUCUAUACGGCUGCGGAACAUGCAAGGGUUGUAAAUCUGUGGAGGUGAAAGCGGAUGCAUGCAUGCGGGAAUUAGAAAGCUGUUAG